GAAGAGAAGACAGAGGGAGGGAGGGUGGGGGAGGACGAGGGGCGCGUGGUUUUCCCAUCUCAUCCCUGGAGGAGGGGCUGGAGCAUCCCCGGCAGCCAAUCAGGGACAGGCUGGGGGGGGCCGCUUUGAAGAAGUUUGGGGGAAAAAAGUUUGGAAAAGUUUCUAUAAUAACGAGGGGGCUUCUGGAGGGAGGCGGCAGCGACGGAGGAGGGGGCUUCUCAGAGAAAGGGAGGGAGGGAGCCACCCGGGUGAAGAUACAGCAGCCUCCUGAGCUCCCCCCUCCCACCCAGGCCGGGACCUGGGGGCUCCUGCCGGAUCCAUGGGGGCGGCCAGCUGCGAGGAUGAGGAGCUGGAAUUUAAGCUGGUGUUCGGGGAGGAAAAGGAGGCCCCCCCGCUGGGCGCGGGGGGAUUGGGGGAAGAACUGGACUCAGAGGAUGCCCCGCCAUGCUGCCGUCUGGCCUUGGGAGAGCCCCCUCCCUAUGGCGCUGCACCUAUCGGUAUUCCCCGACCUCCACCCCCUCGACCUGGCAUGCAUUCGCCACCGCCGCGCCCAGCCCCCUCACCUGGUACCUGGGAGAGCCAGCCCGCCCGGUCGGUGAGGCUGGGAGGACCAGGAGGGGGUGCUGGGGGUGCUGGGGGUGGCCGUGUUCUCGAGUGUCCCAGCAUCCGCAUCACCUCCAUCUCUCCCACGCCGGAGCCGCCGGCGGCGCUGGAGGACAACCCUGAUACCUGGGGGGACGGCUCUCCUAGAGAUUACCCCCCACCAGAAGGCUUUGGGGGCUACCGAGAGGCAGGGGGCCAGGGUGGGGGGGCCUUCUUCAGCCCAAGCCCUGGCAGCAGCAGCCUGUCCUCGUGGAGCUUCUUCUCCGAUGCCUCUGACGAGGCAGCCCUGUAUGCAGCCUGCGAUGAGGUGGAGUCUGAGCUAAAUGAGGCGGCCUCCCGCUUUGGCCUGGGCUCCCCGCUGCCCUCGCCCAGGGCCUCCCCUCGGCCAUGGACCCCCGAAGAUCCCUGGAGCCUGUAUGGUCCAAGCCCCGGAGGCCGAGGGCCAGAGGAUAACUGGCUACUCCUCAGUGCUCCUGGGCCCACCCCAGCCUCCCCCCGACCUGCCUCUCCAUGUGGCAAGCGGCGCUAUUCCAGCUCGGGAACCCCAUCUUCAGCCUCUCCAGCUCUGUCCCGCCGUGGCAGCCUGGGAGAAGAGGGGUCUGAGCCACCUCCACCACCCCCAUUGCCUCUGGCCCGGGAUCCUGGCUCCCCUGGUCCCUUUGACUAUGUGGGGGCCCCACCAGCUGAGAGCAUCCCUCAGAAGACACGGCGGACUUCCAGCGAGCAGGCGGUGGCUCUGCCUCGGUCUGAGGAGCCUGCCCCAUGCAAUGGGAAGCUGCCCUUGGGAGCCGAGGAGUCUGUGGCUCCUCCAGGAGGUCCCCGGAAGGAGGUGGCUGGCAUGGACUACCUGGCAGUGCCCUCCCCACUCGCUUGGUCCAAGGCCCGGAUUGGGGGACACAGCCCUAUCUUCAGGACCUCUGCCCUACCCCCACUGGACUGGCCUCUGCCCAGCCAAUAUGAGCAGCUGGAGCUGAGGAUCGAGGUACAGCCUAGAGCCCACCACCGGGCCCACUAUGAGACAGAAGGCAGCCGUGGAGCUGUCAAAGCUGCCCCUGGCGGUCACCCCGUAGUCAAGCUCCUAGGCUACAGUGAGAAGCCACUGACCCUACAGAUGUUCAUCGGCACUGCAGAUGAAAGGAACCUGCGGCCUCAUGCCUUCUAUCAGGUGCACCGUAUCACAGGCAAGAUGGUGGCCACAGCCAGCUAUGAAGCCGUAGUCAGUGGCACCAAGGUGUUGGAGAUGACUCUGCUGCCUGAGAACAACAUGGCGGCCAACAUUGACUGUGCGGGAAUCUUGAAGCUUCGGAAUUCAGACAUUGAGCUUCGGAAGGGUGAGACGGACAUCGGGCGCAAAAACACACGUGUGCGACUGGUGUUCCGGGUACACGUGCCCCAGGGCGGCGGGAAGGUCGUCUCAGUACAGGCAGCGUCGGUGCCCAUCGAGUGCUCCCAGCGCUCAGCUCAGGAGCUGCCCCAGGUGGAGGCCUACAGCCCUAGUGCCUGCUCUGUGAGAGGAGGCGAGGAACUAGUACUGACUGGCUCCAACUUCCUGCCAGACUCCAAGGUGGUGUUCAUUGAGAGGGGUCCUGAUGGGAAGCUGCAAUGGGAGGAGGAGGCCACGGUGAACCGACUGCAGAGCAAUGAGGUGACGCUGACCCUGACUGUCCCUGAGUACAGCAACAAGAGGGUGUCCCGGCCAGUUCAGGUCUACUUUUAUGUCUCCAAUGGGCGGAGGAAACGCAGUCCUACCCAGAGUUUCAAGUUUCUGCCUGUGAUCUGCAAAGAGGAGCCCCUACCAGACUCAUCUCUGCGGGGCUUCCCUUCAGCAUCGGCACCCCCCUUUGGCACUGACAUGGACUUCUCACCACCCAGGCCCCCCUAUCCCUCCUUUCCCCAUGAAGACCCUGCUUACGAAACUCCUUACCUAUCAGAAGGCUUCGGCUAUGGCAUGCCCCCUCUGUACCCCCAGACGGGGCCCCCACCAUCCUACAGACCGGGCCUGCGGAUGUUCCCUGAGACUAGGGGUACCACAGUGAGUGAGAUCAUUGGCCGAGACCUGAGUGGCUUCCCUGCACCUCCUGGAGACGAGCCUCCUGCUUGAACCACCUGAACUGUCAUCACACGGCAACCCCAGCCCCAGCCUCAGCCCUGCCCCCUUUCCCUCCUUCCUGGAGUGGUGGCUACAGAAGCUUGGGGCCAAUCCUGGCUCCUCUUUCCCCAGCUUCUGUUUGUCUCACUGUCUUCCCUCCCCUCCCCCAGCUGAGGUGUGGCCCCCAGGCCUGGUGCUGCCUUGGAGGGCUGGGGGAAGUAGCUGUGGAGGAGGGAGGAGGGUGGAGACUGAGGCUAGGUGCCAGAAUGGACUGGAGUGAAGGCAUGUCUAGAGUGUGGGCAGGCUGUUGUGCUGGGAAGCUGGGGACACGUUGAUGGUAAUAAACUGCUCAAUGACCAGUGUUUCAGGCUCCAGAGCUCUUUGGAGAGACGGGUUGGGGCAGCUUACUCCAGCCCCGGUCCAAGGAGGCCCAGAAGUUGGAAACAGACGGAAUGUGCCUGGGAACAUUGCAUCCCAAAGAGCUCAGUGGAGGAGGCUGGGGAAGGCAUGAGGGGGCUAGGAGGCUCCUUGACUGGGGCCAGGAUUGGGGGCCAGGGCUUGAGUAGGCCUCUCCACUCUCCUCCUUGGGGGUCCAGAUUCCUUAGGAGCUUUGGGAUGGGGCUCAGGAGGCUGCAUUUUUCAAGCUCCUUAGUCUUGCCACCACACAGAUGAUUCUGAUCUAUAGCCAAGAAGAGGACACACUGAUGUAGUUGAGCUCUCUCAUUUACAAAGGAGGAUUCUAAGAUUCAGAGAGGGAAAGGGACUUGCCUGAGGUCACGUAGAUAAUCAGCAGCAUGUUGAACUGCACUCCUGGGCUCCUGUCCCCCGCCCCCAUUCAGACACACUGACUCAGGAGGUCCAGGCCUCUAAGGCUUCUCUCCCUGGAGUGAGGGUGGAGGUGAGGGAGAGCUAGCACAAGCUCUCCCUCUGGAUCCUCCACUCCUGGGGAUUAUGAAGACAUUCUGGAAAGAUUUGUGCUUCAGAGGUAGACUGCAGAAAGCAAACAGUCUACCCAGCAGCUCUGAAUGUCACCUGCCCUGGGAAUCACAGCACUGUAUGAGUUCCUGGCCUAGCCUGCAAAUAUACCCAUGCUGGCCUUCUAAAUAGCUGGUACAUCCAUCACCACUGACGGGCCUGGGCUGGAAACCUGGUUUGUCCCCUGUCUUGAUGGCCUACGAGAGGCCAAGUCCCACUGGGCUGGGGAAAGUCACUUUGUCUGUCUUGUUCACCUGGAGCCUGACACACAGUAGGUACUGAGUACAAAUAGCUUGAGUUGGCUAGGCUUGGCUGCAGGGGGACAUGCCUAAAAGACAUUCAGGGCGUUUGCACUUGGGAAACUUGCCUCACCUUCAGGCUGGUGGGGCCUCUCUACGCCCAAUGAGUCCAGGCAGUCCUAGCAAGUACUCAGGAGAGCAGGGGUGGGUGUGACAGAGGCUGGCUGUGGAUUGGGGGACAACAGAACCAGAGUAACUCCUCACCUGUUGCUGCUUUGCAAUGAAUUUCCUUUACCUUCAUGGAACACAAGCUGCUGUGAACCAAAUUGACAUCAAGUGAUUAGCUCCCGGGCCUUGGUUGCUUUUCAAAGAUCCCCUUCAGCCCCUUGCCAGAGUCAUUGUCCCAUAAUCACUGUGUCAGAAGGAACCCUAGGGCACUCGUGUCCUAUUUAGCAAUCUUCAGCACCACUUCUAAGAUCUCUGACAGAGGGUGGGUCAGCCUCUGUGUAAACAAAAAGCUGUUAGGACUUGUUGCCUCUCAAGGUGGACUGUUCUGUUUUCUGCCAGGACACUGCCAUUCAUGCAUUGUCAAGAUAUUUAUUAAACAGCUGCAAAGUGCCAGCCAGUGGGUCCUGGAGGAAUUUGUAGCCUCAUGGGGCAAAAGUAAAUAAACAGCUUAUAACAAUUCAA